CCCUUUCUCCCUCUCCCUCUCCCUCUCCUCCUCCUCCACAACCAGAGGUCCAUGUUCAAUGUGCACCAUCAGCAACAAGAUCAGCUGAGCAGCUGAGAGCUGCAGUGAGGGCUGCGAGGAUGGCAGUGGCAGACAGGCACUUGCUCCACCAGCCUUCUGUGCCAUCGUCGUUAUUAUUAUUAUUAUUAUUAUUCUCGCUCUGGAUCCUGCCCGGCGAGCAGGCGGCACGGGCAGCGGACGCGGACAGCGGAAUGAGCGGCAUCUCCACCGAGAAAGAGGCGGAAGAGAGUCACAGGCAGGACAGCGCUAACCUGCUGCUGUUUAUCCUGCUCCUCACGCUCACCAUCCUCACCAUCUGGCUCUUCAAGCACAGGCGGGUUCGCUUCCUGCACGAGACCGGCCUGGCGAUGAUCUACGGUCUUCUGGUGGGUGUGAUCCUCAGGUAUGGCAUCCCCUCCAGUAACAGCCAGGCCAAGGUGCCCCAAGGCUGCACUCUGCAGAAUCGGGCAGUCAACACCCUCCUGGUUAAAGUCAGUGGCAAAUUCUAUGAAUACUCAUUGAAAGGGGAGAUCAACUCCAGGGAAAUCAACAACGUAGAGCAGGACGACAUGCUGAGGAAGGUGACCUUUGACCCAGAUGUCUUCUUCAACAUCUUGUUGCCACCAAUCAUUUUCCACGCUGGAUACAGUCUCAAGAAGAGGCAUUUCUUCAGGAACCUCGGCUCUAUCCUAACGUACGCUUUCAUAGGAACCGCCGUGUCCUGUUUUGUCAUUGGGAACCUGAUGUACGGUGUUGUUAAACUGAUGAAAGCGGUGGGGAUGUUGGACGGAGUAUUUUACUACACGGACUGCCUGUUCUUCGGAGCCAUUAUCUCUGCUACUGAUCCAGUCACUGUCCUUGCCAUAUUCCAUGAACUACAGGUUGAUGUUGAUCUCUACGCUCUGCUGUUUGGGGAAAGUGUACUGAAUGAUGCCGUCGCCAUCAUUCUCUCGUCGUCUAUUGUUGCCUACCAGCCGGCGGGGGAGACCUUUGACACCGCUGCUUUCUUCAAGUCAGUGGGGAUUUUCCUGGGAAUCUUCAGUGGAUCGUUUGCUAUGGGAGCCGUGACCGGAGUGAUGACUGCUCUGGUCACCAAGUUCACCAAGUUGCACUGCUUCCCUCUGUUGGAGACGGCUCUCUUCUUCCUGAUGUCUUGGAGCACCUUCCUCCUGGCUGAGGCAUGUGGCUUCACCGGUGUGGUUGCCGUUCUCUUCUGUGGAAUCACACAGGCUCAUUACACCUACAACAACCUGUCGAUAGAGUCCAGAUCCCGCACCAAACAGUUAUUCGAAGUCCUGAAUUUCUUGACUGAAAACUUCAUCUUCUCCUACAUGGGUUUGGCUCUCUUCACAUUCCAGAACCAUGUGUUCAAUCCCAUCUUCAUAGUGGGAGCCUUCAUCGCUGUCUUCCUGGGCCGAGCCACCAACAUCUACCCUCUGUCAUUUUUACUGAAUUUGGGUAGAAAACAUAAGAUCAGCUGGAACUUUCAGCACAUGAUGAUGAUCGCAGGUUUAAGGGGAGCCAUGACCUUUGCCCUGGCAAUCCGAGACACCGCCAACUACGCCAGGAGGAUGAUGUUCACCACCACGCUGCUGAUUGUCUUCUUCACGGUCUGGGUGUUCGGUGGAGGCACCACACCGAUGCUCUCGUAUCUGCGGAUCAGAGUCGGUGAGAGCGCGUCCGGGGACUCGAGUGACGAUCGCUGGCAAUACUUCAGAGUUGGUGUGGAUCCAGAUGAGGACCAGCCAGCCAACAAUGAGAAUUUUCAAGUGUUACAGGGCGAUGAUGCACACCCUGAGAGAGGCAGCAGAACAAAGCAAGAAAGUGCCUGGCUCUUCAGACUAUGGUACAGCUUUGAUCACAAUUACCUGAAGCCGAUCCUGACACACAGUGGACCUCCGCUGACCACCACAUUGCCCGCCUGCUGUGGACCCCUCGCCAGGUGUCUGACCAGCCCUCACGCCUAUGAGAAUCAGGAGCAACUCCGAGAUGACAUCUCCGAUGUCAUCCUGAAUGACCGUGACCUGAGCCUGACAUACAGCGGGCCCCCAAUGACCUCCAACGGCUCCUCGGGAACCACACCCAGCAGCGGCAUCGAGGGCAAGAAGGCGAGGCGGGGCUCAGAAGACGAGCUGGGCAUGGGGGACAAUGAGCAGGUCUCCAGGGGCACCAGGCUGGUCUUCCCCCUGGAAGAUAACUCCUGAACUAACUGUGACUGCUCGCUUUCCACCAAGGAGCAAGGGUGGACCUGGAGCGACCCAAAGUCUCCCCUGUUGAGACUGAACUGGUUUACUUGCGUUAAUUUACCCCUUUCUUUUUCCUUC